AUCCACCCUACUUUCGACAUCCCAUCAUCACUGCUUUCACACUCGGCCGUGUUUCUCAACUCACCGCACUCAUUGUAAGUUCUUUUUUUUUCUUGCUAACUCCCUUCAGGUUCAUGCCUAUUUAAGUGGAUGCCAUGCUAAUUACUUUAUCAAACUUGUUUACCCGUUUAAUUUUUUGGAAGCUUCAUUUAACUCGCUUCCCUUUAGACACAAUAAUGCCUGCAAUCUUGGUUGCCUACACUACUGCUCUCACUGCAGGGACCGCUCUUUUCGGCUGGAACUUGGUAGGGGUUCAAACCUAACAAACAUAUAUCAUGGUCGCCUGGUCUAAUGUCCGUUCUUGCCCUAGGCCGAAUUGAACGCCCCCCAAAAUGCAAUUCAGGAGGAUUUGGGACUAGGUGCCGCCCAAUUUGGUAAGAUCGCCCAGUCCUCAGGUUAUAACCACAUUAUACUUGAUCCCAUUCGGGCACUAAUAGUAAUACCGAUCCUACAGGUCUCGCUUCCAGCAUUCUUGCGAUUGGAGGUCUGCUUGGCUCCGCCGCGGCGACCCCCAGUAUGAACGCCUUCGGGCGUAAGAAAAUUCUCAUCGGAACCGCCAUUGCGUUUGGAGUGGCGGGGUCACUCAAGGCCAUAGCCGGCAGUGCCACCCUUCUCACUCUUGGCAGAUUCAUUGGCGGAAUUGCUUCCGGAUCUGCUGCUGUUAUCGUGCCGAUUUACAUUAACGAGCUUGCACCCCCUGCCUCCAAAGGAGCCUUGUAAGUUAUCACCAAGACCUUUAAAAAUUCACUGUUUAGACCUAACUUUUUCAGUGGUGCCUUGACUCAAAUAUCAAUUAAUUUGGGUAUCUUGUCCUCCCAGGUUUUGGGUAUUCUCUUGGGUAAGUUGCUACCUUUCAUAGAUCGAUUUCGCUCAACUCUAAACAUCAGUUACACUAGAGAAUAAAGGGCAGUGGCGCUUUAUUCUCCUUACCGGAGGGAUAAUCGGUUUUUUGCAAGCCGCAUCCCUCCUGUUUCUGCCGGAGUCUCCAACCUCAUUGGUGGCCGCUGGGAAGAUAGGUGAAGCUAGACGCAUGCUUGUGGUGAUCAGAGGCACUUCCGAUGUUGAUGAAGAACUUGCCAGCUAUCAGAGCGAACCGCGUGGUAGGCAUUUAUUACUUCCCCCUACCUGUAUUGUCCUGACAAAAGUACUUACAACCACUCAAUAGAACAACAACCCGAGGGAACAGCUGAGACCGAGAACAUAGCUGGACAAGAUCCACUCAUCGUGGCCGAAGCUGGUAAUCUUUUGCUUUUUUUUUUUCCACAACCCUCCAUCCUUACUUAACUGGAGGAUACUCAUUAAAGCAAAAUAGGGCAAUCACCGGGAAGUCCGGACACCGAACCUGCGCGUGAAACUACACCUCUACUUGGGGGAAGUCGCACUACAGAGGCUGAGAACAGCCCAAUUGGAUUGAUGGAAUUUGUCAGGAAACGUGAAUACCGCUCCGGGUUUGUGAUUGUCGCCGGAGUAAUGCUGGCGCAACAGCUUACAGGUAAAUUAUUGUCUACCCUUUCACCAAUUUGUCAAGUAUUGUAGCUUGGUUUAUUCUAAGAUUCAAGGACCUUAGGGAUCAAUGCCGUUGUUUUCUACGGUGUUUCGAUUCUCAAUGACCUUCUCCCCAAUACUGCCAAAUUUCUCAAUGCCGCAAUUUCUGCGGUCAAUCUGUUGGUUACUUUUGGCGCAUCGUUCUGGUUUGACAGAGUCAGCCAUAGGACCUUGCUCUUAGGGUCUAUCUUUUCCAUGGGUAUCUCUGCCGCCAUUCUCAGUAUCUGUAUUGCCUGCGAUUUGGCUAUCCCCUCUGCAGUUUCCACCUUGGUUUUCGUAACGUCCUUUUCAAUGGGGUUGGGCCCUCUUCCCUGGAUGGUGGCUUCUCUUAGGAUUGCACAAAAAGGCAUUGGUGCAGCGCAAUCAAUCGCCUUGAUUGCCAAUUGGAUGGGUACGUUCCUAGUUGGUUUUGUUGUUCCUGUUAUCGCUGAUGCUGCGGGAAUGUAUAUCGUCUUCGCUGUGUUCGCAGUCUUGAGCUUCCUUUGCUUUGCCUGGGGUGUUUACUUCUUGUGAAAUCUCUCUACAGAGCACUUAAAAAUGGUUGGCGCCUCACGGGCAUGGUAUUUGGGGUUCGCGUUCUGGUUUGCUCAC